AUGUCCCGCCGCAAGCAAGCUAAGCCGCAGCACCUUAAAUCAGAUGAAGCACCGACACAGACCAGACUCCUCUGCAAAAAUGGCACUGUGGGGAGCAUGGACAGAGAGGAGAACAAUGGAAGCUGCUACAGCAGUGAGGAAACACACAUCUGUGACAAAUGCUGUGCCGAGUUCUUCACUUGGACUGAACUGAGUGAGCAUCAGAGGGUCUGCACUGAGGACCCCUUGGUGCUGAUCGUGAAGGACAAUGAGGGGAUGCCAGUUCCUGAGGAAUCUCCUAUCGAAUCCUCUCCGGUUCCUAGUGUGGCGUCGAGUGACUCGUCUGCAGCAGAGUCCACAGACGCUGGCUUUGAGCUGGGAGAGACGCUGGUGAAUGAAAACGACUGUCUGGACAAUUUAGAGGAAGGCAGAGAGCGGGAUGAAGCCAUGGAGCUUGAGCAUUGCCCACAGGACAAAUACACCACAACCUCUAGCCCUCAGCCUCCAGAUUCAGCUGAGUCCACUUCCCCCCAGAUGUCAGCUGCUGGCAGCUACAGCAUGCCGAGUACAAACGUGACACUGGAGAUCCUUCACGGCACCAGGGUGGCUGUUGCCCAGUUCUCCCAGGGGAUCAACAGCAGCGGCACUGGAGGGAAGGCAGCUUCAGCAGCCAUCCCAGUGAUCCUGGAACACCUGCUGGCUCUGCAGCAACAACAGGUCCACCAACUGCAGCUUAUUGAGCAGAUCUGCAGCCAGGUAGCCAUCAUGAACAGACAACCAACACAGACAGCGUUAAACCCAGUCUCCAGAUCUCUGUCUCUGGCACAUAACCCUUUCCCUUCUCAAGGCUUCAUCCCUCCUCCCAUCCUGCCCCUUUCAGGAACGAUGCCCUCAAACAUCAACGGGCAAGCUGCUGUUUCUUUAUCUUCUGCGCUUGAAAAAUCACAAACUGUAUGCGGACAGUCCACCUUUAGAGAUGUAACAUGUACCUCAGCUUCCUCAGAAAAUUCAACCCCAUCUUUCUCCAGCUGCAGUAGCAGCAUCCCCACAUUACUGCCUCCUUACACAGGCUCAAACGCCAGCACCAUUAGCUGUACUCAGACACCAAGCUCCUCCAGCCCACUAUCCCUGGGGCAGAGCGGCCUCCUCAGCUCAUCAUCCAGCCUGCCAUUUCUACCUCAGAGCCCCCCCAGCAGUGUCAUUUUCCCCAAUCCCUUGGCUAGCAUUGCCGCCACAGCUAAUGCACUUGACCCUCUUGCUGCCCUGAUGAAGCACAGGAAAGGGAAGAUGCCUAACGUGUCCUUGUUCGAAACGAAGCCCAGCCCAGAUGAGCCCUUCUUCAAGCAUAAAUGCAGGUUCUGUGCCAAAGUGUUUGGCAGCGACAGCGCUUUGCAGAUCCACCUGCGCUCCCAUACAGGAGAGCGGCCCUUCAAAUGCAACAUCUGCGGCAAUCGCUUUUCCACAAAAGGGAACUUAAAAGUGCACUUUCAGAGGCAUAAAGACAAGUAUCCUCAUGUUCAGAUGAACCCCUACCCAGUGCCAGAAUAUCUAGACAAUGUGCCAACAAGUUCUGGGAUUCCCUAUGGAAUGUCCAUCCCUCCAGAAAAACCUGUCUCCUCAUGGCUGGAUAGCAAACCUGUUGUAGCAACUCUGCCAGCCACCAUGGGUCUUCCGCUUUCCUCCACUAUUACUAGUAUCGGAGGCUCAAAUGACCCUGUAAGUGUAACACCAUCUGUUAAAUCUCCCUACCAGCCAGCUCCCUUUGAAUGUGUAUCUUUGUCACCUAACCACAGAGGCAGUGAGGCUCAUUUCUCUCCUGUUUCAGAGUCUCCACAGUCUAAUCGUGAGACAGAAGCAUCCAAUAUACUGAAAACAGAAGGGGUACACCUGCCCCAAAACUGCUCCGUGAGACUGAGAGCCAACCCAGUAACAGAAGCAGCAAGCAGUAUGAUCCCAUCUGUGGCCACCACACCUGAACCUGUCACUUCAGCAUCCCCUGUCUCCAACUCUCCGCCCCUCUCGCUCAACUCAGAUGAAACUAAGUUCCCAACCGGUGGUCUCCUAGACUCUAUGCAAACAUCUGAAACCUCAAAGCUUCAGCAGCUGGUGGAGAACAUUGACAAAAAGAUCAUAGACCCCAACCAGUGCAUCCUCUGUCACCGCGUCCUCAGCUGUCAGAGUGCACUAAAGAUGCAUUACCGCAUUCACACUGGGGAGAGGCCCUUUAAAUGUAAAGUAUGUGGCAGAGCUUUCACCACCAAAGGCAACCUAAAGGCUCACAUUGGUGUUCACAGAGAAAAUCCUCCUGUUCAAGUACAACACUCAUGUCCUAUUUGCCAAAAGAAGUUCAACAAUGCUGUUGUCCUUCAGCAGCAUAUUCGUAUGCACAUGGUCGGGCAGAUUCCAGACUCAACUCUGGUGGACGGGCUGCAGGAGAUAGACAGCGAUAUCUCUGUCAGCGAGAGGAACUUUGACAGCCUCAGCAGCAAUAGCAAUGACCUCAUUGAUGAUAUUUCAAUGGAUGAUGACAAUGAGGAAGAGGAGGUAGAGAAUAUGGAGCAAGGUGCAAAUUCAUCUAAACCCUUGAUCUCUGAUUGUAAUUCCCCUCCUAAGUCCUCCGCCAUUGUUUCAAGUAUAGCUGCUCUGGAGAACCAAAUGAGGAUGAUAGACUCCACUGUAAGCCUAAACUCCUUCGGUAUAAAAUUCCUAACAAAUGGUUUUAAUGACAGCAACCAACUCAAUGUUAAAUGCUCCCUAUCAGAGACAAGGGUGGAGAACUGCAGCGCAAACAGCCCAAACCUGUCCGAAUCCUCCUGUUCCCCUCGUCUAUCAGCGUCUCCUAUUCAAAGUAACUCAGAAGGCAUGACGAUCAAAUCACCUGCAGCGAACAACAGGCCAGAAUCCCAAGAGGCUUUGGCAGCCUCAGUGAAGAGAGAGCAAUCUGAGUCUCCUACCUCUGCAUCAACAGCCGCAGUGGCCCAAGAGCUGAGGGGAAUACACACCAGCAAGUUAUGUGUGAAAGAGGAGACUCCUUUCAGUAUGUCUUUCCAACUGAGCAGAGAAAGAGCUGCAGGUCAAAGCAUUCCCAGCCUGGUUACCAGCACAUCAUCAGGCAUGAUAAAAACCGAGGUGAACGGUCACAGUCAACCAAACAACCUGUCUGAAGGGCAGCACCCACCAUUUAGCGUCCACAUCCCUCCGACUUAUGCAUCAGUCGGCAGCCCAGCUGUGACCUCCCUGCUUGGCCCUGCUCCCCCUCGUCGAACCCCAAAGCAGCACAACUGCAACGCCUGUGGGAAGAACUUCUCGUCAGCCAGCGCCCUACAGAUCCAUGAGCGCACACAUACCGGAGAGAAACCGUUCGUCUGCUCCGUCUGCGGCAGAGCUUUCACCACGAAAGGCAAUCUGAAGGUUCAUAUGGGAACUCACAUGUGGAACAAUGCACCAGCCAGGAGAGGCCGGCGGCUGUCGGUAGAAAACCCCAUGGCCCUUCUGGGUGGAGAGGCCGUGAAGUUUGGGGAAAUGUUUCAGAAGGACCUGGCAGCUCGAGCAAUGAAUGUAGACCCUGGAUUUUGGAACCGCUAUGCGACAGCUAUCGCCAACAGCCUGGCCACAAAGAACAACGAGAUCUCAGUGAUUCAGAACAGAGGCAUCUCUCAGCUUCACCCUCUGACUGCAGGCAUGGACCGAGUGAGCACUGCAGGAAGUCCAAUAACAAGUCGAACCAAGACAGGCAUGGACCUGGGAAAUAAUAGGCAUUUUUCUAUGCUGAUAGAUGACAGCAAAGAAAUUGGAAUCAAUUGAAAAAAAGCUGAAUGGGGAC